CAUCAUCCUCUCUCAUUUAUAUUUUUAAUUCUCCAGCUCAUGCCACUUUCAAUCUCACUAUCACAUAUCUGUCUGUAUCUAUUAUAUAUUGUGUAGUUUUAAAUUACAAUCACUAUAUUUCCAGGAAAUAAGCCACUACGUCAGUGUAGUUGAUUGAAUGGAUCCGUGUCCUUUCGUUCGAAUUGUAGUCAGAAAUUUAUGUCUUAAGUUUUGCAACAGCCCUCCACCGUUGAGUUGUUAUUGCAAGAUUAAGCUCAAGAACUUCACAACCCAGAUCGCCGAUGUUGCGUGUUCUGAUCAUGUGAAUCAAGUAGGCGAUCAGGUUCAGGCAAGCUUCAGUUUCAAGAAAUCAGAGUUCGAUAAGCUGGUGCUUGACAAAUCAAACGGACUGAAAAUACAACUCUAUUCGGGUCCGAAAGGAAAUCCAAUUUGUGGUGUUGGAUCCAGUAAGCUUAUCGGUGCUGUUUCGGUGAGCUUGGACUCUAAGGUGAUCGAUAAUAACCGGGGAUGCCUGGUGCUUCACAACCGAUGGGUAAAGGUUGGUUCCAAGAAAUCGGUUGAGUUGCAUUUGGAUGUGCGGGUUGAACCCGACCCAAGAUUUGUUUUCGUGUUUGAUGGUGAACCCGAGUGUAGCCCACAAGUUUUCCAAGUUAAUGGGAAUCUUCGUCAAGCUGUUUUUACUUGCAAAUUCAGUUUCCGAACCUCGGGUGACCGCAACCUGAGAUCUGGAUCAUCAGAAGCAAACAACUCCGGAAAGUGGUUAAGAUCAAUGAGACAAGAGAAAGAAAAAGUUGUGAAAGAGCGAAAAGGAUGGUCGAUUACAAUCCAUGAUCUGUCGGGUUCACCAGUAGCGAUGGCAUCGAUGGUGACACCGUUUGUCCCAUCACACGGAUCAGACGACGUUGGCCGCUCGAAUCCAGGUGGUUGGCUCAUACUUCGACCGGGUAACAACACAUGGAAGCCCUGGGGCCGUCUAGAGGCAUGGAGGGACUCUACAGGCCUUCUCGGCUAUCGUUUCGAGCUACUACCAGAGGCUGGGCUGGACCCGAUUACUAUAUCAAACUCCACUAUCAGUUCUAAGCACGGUGGAUUAUUCACUAUAGACAUAAGCAACGGGGCGUCACCCAUGAUCACCCCAAGCGGCAGCUUUGACUCCGGCUCAGGUUCGUGGUCAUGGUCAGGGUCAGAUGGGUCAUGGGCACAAGUAAUGUAUCGAGGUUUUGUAAUGUCAUCUAAGGUGGGUGGUACCAAUCCGGAAGUGGAGAUUGGGGUUCAAUACGUUACGUGCACAGAGGAUGCGGCUGCGUACGUAGCGUUAGCGGCCGCUGUGGAUUUGAGCGUGGACGCCUGCCAGCCGUUCUCUAAAAAGCUCCGUAAGGAGCUGAGAUACGACGGAGAAUAGUUACCCGAGUGGAUUUGUUCAAAGUUGGCUUGUUUGUUUUAUACCUUCUUUAAUUUCCUGUGAGAUUGCUUCACCAGGGGUUUUUGUUUUUCUUUAAAUGAGUUUUGAAUUGUCACAUGUACAGUUGUGUUGUAUAGAUUUUCACAAUUAUCCUUUGAACAUGGUUUUAGUCUUC